GUCUCCGGAACGCUUCUGCGGAGGACGACCGAAUUGAAGUGGGCUUGAAAUACCCCCUCUACCCCUACGCUGGGGCUGUGAUGACUCCCCCUGUGAUGCCCUUUUUCCCGGGGGUACACACCGACACCCUGAACUUUUUUCGACAUGCAUCCAUUCUCCAGCAGAUUACACAAAUGCAAGCCUUACAGCAAAGUGCAAUAAAUUACGCACUUCCGCCGGCCGAUCUGCUCUCAAUUAUCCUUAGUCAAAACCAGAACAGAACACAUGAACCUGCUGCAGCACCAGCCUACCCACCACCACCUUCUAAUUUAUUAAAAAGUUCAUCUAAAAAAACUACUGAAAUGCUCACUCCACCGCGGCGUAACAAGAAAUCUAAAUUCCAAAUGGUCGAACCACCUAAGCCAGUCGUUCCACCACCCACUGUGUCCCCGGCAGUGCCAACGAUCACCAACCCUACGAAGAAGAACACACACAAACCCGAUAAACUGUUCACAUGCUCCUUAUGUAACCGCAGUUUUGGGUACAAACACGUGCUUCAAAACCACGAGAGAACACACACUGGCGAGAAGCCAUUCCACUGCACGAAAUGCGACAAACGCUUUACUAGAGAUCACCACCUCAAGACCCACAUGAGGCUGCAUACUGGGGAACGACCCUACACAUGCAGCUAUUGUGCACGACAGUUCGUACAAGUUGCAAAUCUUCGACGCCAUGUUAGGGUUCACACCGGCGAAAGGCCUUUCUCCUGCUUCGACUGCCAAGCUACUUUUUCUGACACGAAUCAACUGAAGUCCCACAGGCAGUCUCAUGGACACCACACAAUGCAUCCCGCUAACCCUACGUUCAACUCCCCGCAAUAUGAACCCUUGAACAAUAAUGACGAAUACUCGUACGAAAAUAACUUCAAUAACAGUGUUGAGGUGUCAUCAAGUUUCGAAUGCGAUCUCUGCCACCUUUCGUUCGGCAGUUCCGACAUCUUGAAGAAGCACGCGUGCCAUGCUGCAUCCACCUCCGUGUCUCCGAGAUCUUCCACAUCGCCAGAUUUCAUGGGAAACUACGUCCCUCAAUCAACAAGUCUCGGGUCUUCCAGUCCACCCAGCAGUAGCAGUACGCCAGGCUCAUCACCGAAGAACUUGAGGUCCAAGUCCAUUCACAUGACUGUCACGGCCUCCUUGAUGCCAGAGGAGUACAAGACAGAACUGUUGAAGAUUCCUGAGCAGACCGAGCCUGAGGAUCUCAGCUUACGUAAGCCAGAUGACAACAGGUUUAAGCUAUAGGUUAACCACGUCAAGUCUGUGCUCAGUGCUCACGUUACAAUCUGUGAUACCACGAGUAGUGCAGAUUAUCUUCAUAAAUUCUUUCUCAAACUUUGCCCUCGGCAAAGUUCUUCGAAACGCUCUCAAAUAUUAUUAAUAUUCGAGAUAAAAUAAGUCCAUCAUGCUAAUCUAAAUUCGGUUCACACUGCGCUUACGUUCAACAAAUAUUGCAAAAAUCACUCGGUGUCAACGUAGCAACUUGGCUCAAUGUCCAAUCAUAUUAUGUAUAUUUUCCUUAACGUUUGCGCACUCUUACUUUCAUUCGUGGCGCAUUCAACUGCCACUUGCGUUAAACAAUAACAAUUCUGUCCCAGGCAGACUUAGGGUCAAUACGACGGAAAAAAUUUCGGAAGGCAGAAUUAUUAAUCUUCACAACCUGUCUCACGGGACAGACUUCAUGGAAGUACAACCCAUUAUUAGUGAGAAUCAUUGACGUACAAUAGUACGUUUAAAUGAACGAAAAAUUGGUAAAGCUCUUUACCAGACUUGGUUGCACUGUUUGGUGAUUUGAUUGCAACUGUUUGGUAGCUUGGUUAGUCCGUCCAUGGUUUGGUUACUUCUUCAUUAGUUAGCGUACUUAUCCCAAAAAUUUGAAGUUGCAUCAUGUUCGACUGUUUAGUUUCAUUGCUUGUUAGUCAUUCAUGAAUGCUCGUAUGACUGGUGGCACAUUUGAUUGUUUUUCGUUUACCAUUUCUUGCAGACUAGCGAGGUUGAUAAGUUAUUCAGUUUAUUAUUUAAUUUGUUGUUUUCUUGGAGUCUUAACGCUAAUGCCUAGACUCACGCUUGGGAGCUUCCAAGCUAUGCAAACUCGCAGCAAAAUUCAACUGUGUAUUAAAGGGAACAAUGCCCUUGAUUAGGUCGGGCUCCAAGUGCACUACCUGCUCCAUUCAAUGCAGAACGCGACCGUUAAUCUCACUUCGGAAGAUCUAGUCCGAUAUUCGGCUCGACUUUGAAGUGAAGCUUUGAGUGAGUAGGUCGGUCUCGCAUGUCACUGACAUACAUAAUCUCACACACCGUCGGUAUGUAAACACAACCGUUACAGUCGUGUUUACUUCCGCGCUAGAAACGAGUGCUGCGCGGAAGAAUUUGUGUGCCGGUGUUGCGGUUGGUAACUAGUUCCCAUGACUCGCUGUUCGGCAUAACAACAACAACGUGCUUGCUCUUAUAGUAAGGAGGAGGAAUGCAUUCCCUUAUAGUCAAUGGAAAAAUCAAAUCUUGAUCUAUUAACCAUCUGUUUCCCCGGAAAUGCGAUUGGCAGUAUUGAGAUAAUUUCCUCUGACGAAACUUAUUGUGUAAAUAUUUUAAUAUUAACUCAUAAUGCCAGUAUGUGACAUGGAGUAUUUGCUUUUCGUGGAAACGUUGCACUCCUCAACGAAACAUUUUGGUGAUUAAUGCUUGCCGAUGGCAGUUAAUUUAUCAGUUACAUUUUUGACAUUAAAUUAAUAAACAUUGAAAAACUCUA